AUGUUUUACAAAUGUGUGAUACUUACCUUUGUUUUUACAUGUAUAUUGUUUGCAUCCGGGCAGUCAUAUGAAGAUAAAAGAUGCAUGUGUGUGUGUCCAAGCCCAGCAGCUGUUCUAAACAACACAGCAGGAUCUGAUCGCAAACUUUACAUUGGAAAUGUGCCACCAAAUAAAUGCAACUGUGAUGGAGUUAUUCUGCCCCGAGUUGGAGAAAUAAUUAAAGGUCGUGAACAAGAAUUCUGCCCUCGCUGUGAGUGCAAGUAUGAGAGUAGAAACACCACCAUAAUUAAGGUGGUGGUCAUAAUAGUAAUAUGGGUGAUAAUGCUUUUAGUGGUCUAUAUGGGAUUUCUUAUCUGUUUGGAUCCACUCAUAAAUAAAAGAGCUAAGGCUUCUUAUCAAGAGCAUACUAAUGAGGAUGAUGAAAGCACCAUCAGUGGACCUUCGCAGCAACUUGGAGCACGAGGCAAUGUCUUGAACCGUGUUACCCAUCAACAAGACAAGUGGAAGAGACAGGUGCGCGAACAACGUCGCAACAUAUAUGACAGACAUACUAUGCUUAACUAG